CUUGACGUUUUAAAACGUCAGUAGGCAAAAGAUAAAAACAAAUAGCAAGGCAAUGAUUUUUUGCAAGAUUGCGAAAUUUUUGUAUACUUCAGCCGAAUCGAUAUUAGAAUUUAAGCACAACACACUCUUGUCCAGUCACCCUAUUGAAAACUAAUAUUUAUAUUCCAAAGAAUGCCUUGAGUUUACAUAAACCUUUAUAUAAAUACUCCCAUUAAAUGUCAUGAGUUUUUCUGCUCUAGAAUAUAUGCUCAGCAGGCAGAGAGGUCGACAAUGGGUGCCCCUGAUAACGCAACAGUAUCGUCUACGUCACGUUUUCCAAAUUAUAGGCUUCAAUUUGUCUCGGAGGAUGUCAGAAAGCUUUUACUUCACUCUACACCUGACCACCAUGAGCGCACCGUUUUACACGAGUGAGCGGAUGAUGCAUCCCCAUCCGAAAUGGGAGGAACUCAACCAGAGGGACAUGCCAAAUGGCUCCGCUUCCUGUGUAGUGUUGCGGAUAUGGCAGCAUUGCGAGGACGGAGAUGAUAAAAUCCUGUUAACGUGGGGUGUUCACUUUUCCGGACUUUGCUACUUGGGCAAUGAUUCGAUUCUUGUACAACCGAGAUAUUUCAAGGAUUAUUCUGUGAUAUUUUGUAUGCAGGGGGGUUUUUAUACUAGUCAUCAAGUGAUCAAAACCGAUCUGCAGAUACCAAUACCUUUCAUUUCAGAUGUUAACGUCAUAGACACUUUAAACAGUAAGGUUAUUUAUAAAAAAGUAGCUAUUGAAGUGAGUCGCCACGAGGUUCAAAGGAGUUGUAAUUUAGAGAAGCUGAGAAGAGUGCACGAUUUACAAAUUCAGAUUCGAAAUGAAACUGUUGAAGCUAACCAUAUGCGGGACAAGUUGAAUGCUUUGUGCGGUUUCAAUCAGAGAGUGGAAACGGAGACGCAGUCUCUGGAGUCGGAUCUCUCUGGGUCGGCUUCUUCGGUUUGGUACGCUCCGCAGAUGCUCACUAUGAACUCGUUGAAUAAAAUGUUGAAGGGAAAUACUACAUCUUUGCAGAAGCAGAAAAUAAUGGGAAUCAACAAACAAAUAGAGAAGGCCAAAUUCAUCAUCAGGUUGCUUGCGCAAGAAAAAGAUAAAAAGUCUGUGAUAAUUCGAGGAAUAAAACAGAGGUUUUUUGUGAUAACUGAAGAUAAUGAGGAGAAAGAAUCGGAUCUAAUGGAAAAUUAUCGUCAGCUGAGCAGGGAAGCGGAAAAUCUGAAAGAGUGUAAGAAAAUUAUAUACGAGCACCGAGAAUUGUAUUCCAACAUCAACAUGCACCUCCAACUGAGGAGGCGACAGCUGCUCAAACAGCUGUUGCAAAUUUUUCCAAUAGAGAGAACGUCUGACGAUAAAUUCACAAUAUGUGGGAUACAUCUGCCAAACUCCGAUAUCCUGGCUGACUGUUCGGACAUCGGAUUGUCAGUGGCUCUAGGAUAUAUUGCUCACAUUUUAGUAAUGGCUUCCACAUUCCUGCAGGUGCCUCUGAGGUACCCCAUAAUGCAUUACGGAUCGAGAUCUUACAUCACGGAUAACGUGUCGCCAGUGUUGCCGGACAAAGAUAGAGACUUCCCUCUCUUCACUAGAGGCAAGGACAAGGUGCAGUUCACGUACGGCGUAUACCUCCUGAACAAGAACCUCGCGCAGUUUCGCUGGUUCCUCAAUAUGAACACCGUCGACCUGAAGGCGACCCUCCGCAACCUCCUGACGUUUCUGCAGGGUCCCGGAGAGUUAUCCGCAGCUUCCACCAGAACUCUGCCGCCUCCAGACAGGUCGUUGACCGGCCCCAAAUUCGUUAGUUUACAGAGAAUCGCUUCGUCAUCAUCGACUAUAUCCGAUACUAUUUUAGACAGCAUAAGGCGGGAGAAACGAAUCUCGCGGUCCAUCAGCCCGACUACCAUGAAGAAGUUUUCACAACUCGGCAGAGGGAGCCCCGAGCGAGGUGGGAAGGGCUUGAGCGAAAUCCUUGCAGUUCCGGAGGCGUACCUCAACAGGCAGAUCAGUUCGGAAUCGUUUAGGAAUUUCGCUAGGACGGAGAAGCUGAUGGAGGUCGAGGAGAGCGACGAGGGAAGCACAGAGAACAAUAGGAUAAGCAGGUCUCUCGAGACUAGCGCUGAAAGCGGAGUAGAUUUCGAGCUGAGCCCUGAGCCCCAUUUGGAGCCUUCGCGAAAUAGUCCGAGCGAUUCACGUGAAGAGCAGGUUCAGCGGGAAUAUUUGGCAGAAUGGCUGGAGAGCAGCCCCGGUUCUAUUUGUUCCAAGGAAGGCUGGCAAACCGAUACGUUCUUCAGUCUUUCAGCUGCUGAGGCUGCUUUGGAGGCUCCAUUAAUGGCUAGGACUGACGCUUUACUCAAUACCAAGUCGUUCAAUUUGAUCAGGCCGAGGCAAUGA